AUGGUCAUAGGCUUGGUGAUGUUGAUUCAAAUGAACAAAGGUGGUAGAACUCUUGGUGGUGGCAAUAAUAAUAAUGUUGAUGUUGUAGGGGGAAACACUCCUUUACGUAAUAAUAAAAAUAAGGGUAUACAAAAUGAUAAUGGGAAACUCCUUAAAAAACUUGAAGAAAGUCAACGACAAAAAAAUCCAAAUUAUCAAGAAUCAAGUACUAAUAAUUUACAUGUUAGUAAUCAUCCUUUAGGUUUAUUUGCAUUUUAA